AUGGCAAGUCUCUUCGGUGGGUCCAAAGGAAGCAAGAGGUCUAGGUCUACCUGCGAGGAAGACACGGAUAUUCCCAUCGCGUUGGGAGUUUCUAAGCCGUGCGUCUGUGGCUUCUGUGGCUGUAAAAGCACAGAUCCCGACCCCUUGGCGAUGGAGGGGGAUGAAGAAGCCGCAGUGCCUUGGGGUAAAUACCGGAAGGUAGAAACGGCCUCGGGCCUGGUACGCGUUCCUGUGGGCAACCUGGAUUCCAUUUGUAGGAAUGUGUACCGCUUGCUCGGGUACCCUCACAAGUACGGUGCCCACGCCGAGUACCUCAAGAAGGUCAAAAGCAAGCAGGUGGAUCACGCAGGCUUCUUAUCGAGCAGAGACGAGUAUAUCAAGAAGCAGAAGGGGGGCAGAAACCGCAGCAGCAAGAAGGACAAGGACGACCUCAAGGCAGUGACGACCUUGAAGACCAUGAGUGACAUGGGAACCAGGUUCGAAGGCCCGAAGAUGGUCUUCAUAGAUGUCAACGAGUGGGAUGCUGCCACCGAUGGUGCUUUGGACGAGAGCCAAGUUGUCGAGGAGGUCAUCGGAGGGAAGACGGUCAGGGGGUGUUACAAGAGAGUUGGCAAAAAAGGGCACUACGACGUCCGCAGCUUCGACCAGAAAGUGCUGCGUACAGAGACUGAAGAGCAUUCUCGCAAGAAUGCCAAGCAACAAUUUGCAGAAGAGAGCCUGAAGAACAAGACUGAAGCCAUCCAGGCUGUGUUUCAAGGCAAUCAGCGUGAUCGUGAGGCAGUGGCCAGUGAAGGCAAGCACAUUGAUUGCGAUGAUCUCCUCGCCCUGCUGGCGAAUCUUCCCGGUGCAGGGUCGGCCUCAGGCCAGGCUCCCGGGGACUCCGGGACUCAGGACGCAGAUGAGGCUGCCGACGGGGACGAGACAUUGAAUCCGGACCAUUUCAGCACAGACUCAGGAAGUGAAGAUGAUGAUGCUGGGGCGGCCGCUGCUCGCCUGCAGUCUUUAGGCAGGAAGAAGGCAAAGGCAACAGCAAAGGCCAAGAGCAGCAACUCCAGAGCUUCAACGCUGGCGGGGGGUGCCUUGAAUAAGGCUGCCCCUCCGGUCUCCGGGCUGCAGAGCGUCAAAGCGGCCAAAACAGCCUCAGUGAAGGCUUCAGAGACCGCUCCUGUGGCAGUGAAGAAAGAGCCCGGCCUUCUGGCGGCAGGCUCUGUGCUCUCGCUGGACGGUCGAGGCCUGAGAUUGAAAGAAAGCUUGAAGAAAGAGCACUGCGAUCUUCUUGCGAGGCUCCAACAUGCUCUCAACGCCUAUGACGACGACUACAACUUCACCGAAAAGAAACAGCACGCAGGGAAGCAGAAGUCCCUGAACCUCAUCCUGUCGGCGGUCUCGAACCAGGUGAAGCGCGUAGAGAAUAGCGCCAACAAGUCUGCCUUCUCAGACGAGCUUGGAAACUUCGAGGCCUUGAAGGCAUUGGUUGCAACAGCCAUGGAGUUCAAUUCGGCCUUGGGGGGCACGUCAAGCAACUUGAAAGCCCUGGAAGAGGGGUACGCCCAGUUGUCGCCUGAGGGUCUUCGUGUGGGGUGUUGCUUCUGGUUCAAGCUCCUUGAGACGAAGUUGGAGGAGAUGAUUCUUUACCGGAAUCUUGCAGGGUAUGUGGGUCUACUCACCGAAGAGAGCUACGAGGCUGGGAUUGUGCGUUUGAAAUAA